UUGGAAAAAAAAGAGAAAAAUAAUAACAUAAUUCACGUACAAGCACUGGUACUGCGCACGUCGGGAUUAAAUUCCAAACAUCCAGCCAUUAUAAAACUGUGGAUAGAUGUAUCUCAAGGAAAUAGAUUAGUUGGUGAUAAUGAACAAGAAGUCACAAAGGUCUGCGAUUGCCCUGCUGGAUCUUCAGAGAAAUGUAAACACAUAUUAGCUGUCAUGCUUUAUCUCUCAAGAACUGAGGAGGCAGAUCUGGAGGACCUGAGUUGUACCGACAUUGAAAAACAAUGGCGUACACUUAAAACUACAGCAUUGAAGAAAUACGAAGCAAUAUCAUUGUCUGAAAUGUGCCAUGUGAAAGGACAGAGGGACAUCUAUGUGAAAACAAUGCCAGAAGUCACUGAAGAGAUGGAACGUCGUUGGAGAAUGAAGUUAAUGCAGAGCACACCAAACAGUGAAUAUUCUUUAUUUACAAGUCUCAUGCGAAGACGUGAUGGAGUUGUUGAUUAUGGUGAAAGGGUAAUUAGUAGAAGUGUAGACAAGACAAAAUUUUCUGAAAAACUAUUGACUUUUAAUUCGUGGCGGGUAAUGAAUUUAUUAAGAAAACUGACUGAAGAAAAGUUGAAGACAUGUGAAGUAAAUGAAUUUGAAUUUUACAACAGAUACGUAGCUGUAUCAUUAGACCAAAGUACAGAAAUAAUCAAUGCUGAGCAGGGUACUCCUUCUUGGCAUAAAGCUAGAAAAGUAAGACUAACAGCCUCCAAAGCGAGAGCCCAGUUUACUUAUUAUUCUAAUAAAAAUGCUGAUUGGGAUAAAAGAUAUCAAGAGGUUUUUCACAGUAAUUUCCUUGGGAAUGAAGAUACUAUCAGAGGCCUUCGCUGUGAAGCAGUCGCAAGAGAUUUAUAUGCAGAGCAUUAUAGCUGCAUGAUUUUAGAGUCUGGAUUGCUGGUUCGACCAGAAUUACCAUGGCUUUUUGCAAGUCUAGAUGGUACUGCCAUGGAUAAAGAUGGAAAUUUUCUUAGAAAUAUUGAGAUUAAGACAUUAAAGGAAGGAACUCGUUAA